AUGAGCUCGAUGCCAGAAUGAGUACUCAGUAUCGAUACCAAAGUCUGAAAUUUCGAACCCUAUACAUACGUGCCAACAACGGCAAAUUCUGCAGCAACAGCCUGGUGUACUCAAGCUAACGAUUGGCAGCCGACGAUUUAUGGUGGCUCAGCUUCGGAGUACCCAGUGCCUAGCGCUUCAGUGCAAGCGAACAUAGUUACAAACCUCAUCGGCAAACGUAUACGGCCGACACGUACAUUGGGGUGCACAUACAUGUAUUUCACCAUCGCAGUCUAAUACGUGGACAGCGAACAACGACAAUUCUGUACAUAGCGAAGCACAGACGGAAAUUCAAAUAGCAACGGCCAAGGUUUAUAUAUUAAAGGUUGCGCAUUGCGCAGGUCCGUUACUCCUCUCUUGUAAAAUUUGGCAAUCAGCUGUUCAGCUUGCCGACAAGGGCGACAAAACAGCGAAAAUAACAAGCAGCGUGAAAAGUAAAGCAAUUGAAAUACGCAGUUAAAUACGCUAAGCAAAUGAAAUAAAUUUACAUAGAAUAAAAAUUGCAAUGCAGUGUGCGGUGUGGAAUUGUGUAAGCCAACGCAGGGACCCAUCUGAAAAAAGAUCUUUUUUCCGUUUCCCAAAGGAUCCGAAACAGCGAGAGAAAUGGUUGAAGUUUUGCUGGCGAUCUAAAGUUUUUAAACCAAAAACGUUGAGAAUUUGUAUGGACCAUUUUAAAGACGAACAUAUUAGUUUCAACAUUUUUGUUAUAAUACAUACAUAUGUACAUAUUUUCUUUUAAAGGACUACAAACCAGAAGAUGCUUGCGGCCCGGCGCCAUUCCAUGUAUAUACACAACCGCUCAGCAGCAGUUGAAGAGGCUGGAAGAGGAAAAGCAAAAAGCGAUACAUAUUCUAAGUGACUUGCCAACGUGCUCAAAUAUGGGAACAUCUAGUGCAACAGUUACGAAGCCCCAGACAGACGCAGCCGUAGUAGCCGCAACAAACGCAUGCAAAAUAAAAGUAGGUAUGCGACCAUCGAGUGCUCUUUCCAAGCAGCGCACAUCUCACGCAGGCGUAGCAGCCGCAACAAAUGAAUGCAAAAUAGAAGUAGGCAUGCGACCAUCGAGUGCUCUUUCCAAGCAGGGCACAUCGCACGCAGCCGUAGUAGCCACAACAAAUGCAUGCAAAAUAGAAGUAGGUAUGCGACCAUCGAGUGCUCUUUCCAAGCAGGGCACAUCGCACGCAGCCGUAGUAGCCACAACAAAUGCAUGCAAAAUAGAAGUAGGUAUGCGACCAUCGAGUGCUCUUUCCAAGCCGCUCACCCCAGACGCAGCUGUAGUAGCCGCAACCAAAAAAUGCGAGACAGGUACACAGACAUCGCCCACAACAGUUUACAACCCGAUCAUAACAAGCAAUGGUACAGUUGAAGACAAUUUAGCUGAACUUAAAUUAUUGAAAAAUCAGAUACACAAAUUAAAGCGAUUGAAAUUUUUACUUGAGCAGCAGUUGCGACACUCGGAACGAAUGCAUAUUUACGAAAAAGGAAAAGUGCGGGAAAAAUUAGCAAGGGCUGAGUUAGAAAAAGCAAAUAUGGGGGAGAAGCUUUUGGGAAUUUUUACCAAAGGGCAAAUAAAAAAACUUAAAAACGGCAAAAACGCCAAAUUUGGUCAGAAAAUGAUAUAGCAAACUCUGUAUUCAGCAAGUGCAAAGGGUUAUAUCCUCCUUCAAAAAAAGCAAUUUCCACUACCUGCUAUUCGAACCCUUCAACAUUGGGCAACCAAAAUUAAUAUUUCUAAGGGUAUAAUACAACCAGUUAUUAAAAUCUUAGCGGCAACGAAAGAGAUGACUGAUGAGCAAAAGAUUUGUGUGCUAAGCCUAGACGAAAUGAAAAUUCGUAAGGCAUACUGUUAUGACAAAUCGACUGACACAACGCUAAGCCCUGUGAAUUAUGUACAAGUUGGAAAAUGUUUGUGAAAAUUUUAACUUCGACUUUUAACCAUCUUAAUUUUAAUGUCAAUUUACAAAUGACUAAUAUCAAAAUGGAAACAACCUAUCUAUUACAAUUUUGAUUGCCAACUAUCUGUGGAAAUUGUAGAAGACAUUUUAAAGUCAGUAAAAACGUGUGGUUUUACUGUUGCUGCUUUGGUCACCGAUUUGGGUGGUGGUAACCGGUCAUUUUAUAACAAGCAUCAAGUCGACCAUGAUAGGCCAUGGUUCUUGUUCGAAGGCGAAAAAGUAUUUGUCUUCGCCGAUGUGCCUCACUUGAUUAAGUUGCUACGAAAUCACUUUUUGGACCAUGGCUAUAUAAUUGACGGAAAGCAUGUGCAAAAAGAUAUCAUUGCUGAUCUACUAUCUUGCACUUCAACGGAUUUACGAAUCACGCACAAGAUAAGCAGCAGCAAUUUACAAGUAGGUGGUUGUGAGCGACAAAAUGUGAAAAUGGCGACGAAGCUAUUUUCCCACACGAUUGCUCAGGCAAUAACAAGAGCUGGGAGCAUGGGGUUCUUGAACGGGAGAAAUUGGCGGGAAUGUCACAAACUUUUCAAAACUGUCAACGAUUGGUUCGAUGUGAUGAACACGCGCGUCCCAUAUGCAGAUUCCAGAGAACGAGUGCAUGCAUAUGGCCUUGCUCUCCAAGUACAAAAUAAAAUUAUAGACGAAAUGAGUGAGUUGGUAGCAAAUAUGAGAGCGACAAAUAGGAUGGCAUUGCUCCCAUUUCAAAAAGGCAU